AUGGCGCUCGUGUCGCAUCCGGCGACUGCGGCGGCAGUUGGCGCGGCGCCAAUGUACGCCGGUAACGUUGGCGUACAGAAGGAGAAGAAACCGCAACCAACACCGCAUCAGGUCAUGCAAAUCCAACAACAACAACAAUUACCACAGGAGAAGGAGAGGCCACCAUGUGACCCAAUGGUCGACGAGGGUCACAUGGUCUUUGCUGUCCCAAAAGUGUAG